UGAGCAUAUAAGUGCCUCGAAAGAUCUGUCAGCCUACUCGUGCCGUUACUCAAGACACGCUUCUCUUCAAACACCAGUCUUCCUUUGCAACACUCCGAAUCUCUCACAAUGAAGCAAGCACUUCUCUCCUCCCUCGUCAUUACUGGCGCUGUGGCCUACCCAUGGGUGGCCGAGAUGCCCGGUGUUGACUCUUCUCUCUUCAAAGAACGCCGAGCUGCACGUCCAUGGCGCCGGCAACAGACUGGUGAAGGUGCUGGUGGUCCAGAUACCUGCCCCUUCAACCCCGAUCACGUCCCGGCUGCCGGUAUCACCGACGACUACCCAUACAACGGUGCUCAGAAUGGCCUGCCUGGCUUGGGUAUCGGUGGCUACCAGGUCCCGGCAGAUGGUGACGACGCACAUCAGUUUGUCGCACCGGGUCCCAACGACAUCCGAGGCCCUUGUCCAGGCUUGAACGCCGCAGCCAACCACAACUUCCUUGCCCAUGAUGGUAUCACUACCUUCAACGAACUCGUCGACGCGCAGCAGAACAUCUACAACGUCGGGUACGAUCUCGCCGUGACCCUGGCUGUGCUCGGACUUACCACGACCGACGGUGAUCUCGUGACCGAGAAGCUGUCCAUUGGCUGCGAUGCCACCAGCCGCACAAGCGUGAGCCCUCUCUUGACCGGGUCUGAGCCCGGUCUGGAUGGGCACAACAAGUUCGAGUCCGACAGCUCGCUGACGCGCGAUGAUUUCUUCACGCACGAUGGCGACAACUUCUCGUUCAACGGCACUCUUUUCGGCAUGAUGGAUGAUACGUGCCAGUCCAACUUCAACCGGGAGGGUCUUUCCGUGUACCGCAACCAGAGAUGGCAUCAAUCACAAGCUGAGAACCCCAACUUCUACUUCGGCCCGCUUACACUGCUGCUGUACGGUGCCGCUUCGUUCUUGUACGAGCUUAUGCCAAAUGGCAACCACAACUACGCUCCUGACCUCGAGACCAUCUCCUCCUUCUUCGGCGCCGCCCAGAACGACGAUGGUAGCUGGUCCUUCAACAACGAGGAGAGGAUCCCAGACUACUGGGUCAACCGUGUGAUUCCUUACGACAAUACCCUCGUCACCCUCGAGAUCGUCGCCAUGUACCUUGAGAACCCAGUGCUUUUCGGCGGCAACACUGCAGACGGUAGCUUCGACACUCUCAACUGGGGCGCCAUCCAGGACGGCAAAAUCUCAGCCGAUAUCAGCGCAACCGACACUUCGUGUCUACUCUACCAGCUCGCUACCCAAUCGAUACCUAGCUACGCGAACAGCGUCGUCGAGCCAACCGUUGAUGCUCUUGCGUUCGCUCUCUCGAAGUUGAACCCAUCAUUCGAGAAUCUGGGCUGCCCAAUUGCAUUGACGAAGUAAAGUUACGGACAAACGACCCGAUGGGGUUGAAGGAGAUGACUCAACAGAAGUCAUUUGUAAUGCGGUUACAUGGUGGUGGGGAUGAUGUAAAAGUAAAUGUAUAUACCCAAUACGAUGUCAUGAUGAUUUCCUUCGAAUUUACUCCUUCACCACCAUUCCUUGUGAUCGAAUUGUGUCAAGGUUGGUUUCAACAUUGUCAAU